GUUGAGUACAGAAGCAACGGAAACAACCGGUAGCAAGCAGGCGAAGCGCAGUUUGGAGUCUAAAGAGAAUAGAGCUUAUCGCAAUUAUGGAGGAGGCAAAAAACAAAGAGAAAACAACUCCUGACAAAAAGGAGGAAAAAGAGAAGCAGCCGGCUGGAAAGGACAAAGAUAAGAAGGAAGAUCAGGAACUGUCAGAUGAGGACAGACAGCUCCAAGAGGAAUUGGAGAUGAUGGUGGAGCGACUCGGCGAGAAGGACACCUCUCUGUACCGUCCGGCGCUGGAGGAGCUGCGGCGACACAUCCGCUCGUCCACCACCUCCAUGACCUCCGUGCCCAAGCCCCUCAAGUUCCUGCGGCCGCACUACGCCAAGCUCAAGGAGAUCUACGAGGCCAUGGCGGCCGGCGAGAACAAACGCUUCUGUGCAGAUGUGGUGUCUGUGCUCGCCAUGACGAUGAGCGGAGAGAGGGAAUGUCUCAAGUACCGCCUUCUGGGGUCCCAGGAAGAGCUGGCCUCAUGGGGACACGAAUACGUCAGGCACCUGGCGGGGGAGGUGGCUAAGGAGUGGCAGGAGGUGGAGGAGGCCGAUAAGGCUCAGCAGGAGGUGCUGCUGGCGCUGGUGCAGGAGAUCGUGCCCUACAACAUGGCCCACAACGCCGAGCACGAGGCCUGCGACCUGCUCAUGGAGAUCGAGCGCCUCCACAUGCUCCAGGACUACAUCGACGACAACGCCUACGCCAAAGUCUGCCUCUACCUCACCAGCUGUGUGAGUUAUGUCCCUGAGCCGGAGAACUCGGCGCUGCUGAAGUGCGCGCUCAACAUCUUCCGCAAGUUCAACCGCUACCCAGAAGCCCUCAGGCUGGCACUGAUGCUCAACGACGUGGAACUGGUGGAGAACAUCUUCACCUCCUGCAAAGACAUUGUGGUCCAGAAGGAGAUGGCCUUCAUGCUGGGCAGGCACGGCAUGUUCCUGGAGCUGAAUGAGGAUGUGGAGGAUUAUGAGGAUCUUACAGAGAUCAUGUCCAACGUGCAGCUCAACAGCAACUUCCUGGCUCUGGCUAGAGAGCUGGAUAUCAUGGAGCCCAAGGUUCCAGAUGACAUCUACAAAACUCACCUGGAGAACAACAGGUUUGGUGGCAGUGGCUCUCAGGUGGACUCCGCUCGUAUGAAUCUGGCCUCCUCGUUUGUGAACGGUUUCGUUAACGCUGCCUUCGGACAGGACAAGCUGCUUACCGAGGACGGCAACAAAUGGCUGUACAAGAACAAAGACCACGGUAUGCUGAGUGCUGCUGCGUCUUUGGGCAUGAUUCUGCUGUGGGAUGUUGAUGGAGGCCUGACACAGAUUGAUAAAUACCUCUACUCCUCUGAAGACUACAUCAAGUCUGGUGCGCUGUUGGCGUGCGGUAUUGUGAAUUCGGGAGUGAGGAAUGAGUGUGACCCUGCCCUGGCCCUGCUGUCUGACUAUGUCCUUCACAACAGCAACGUCAUGCGCAUCGGAGCCAUCUUUGGGCUGGGAUUGGCAUAUGCUGGCUCUAAUCGGGAAGAUGUCCUGUCUCUACUGCUACCAGGGAUGGGAGAUUCAAAGUCUAGCAUGGAGGUGGCCGGCGUGACUGCUCUGGCAUGUGGCAUGAUUGCGGUGGGCUCGUGUAACGGUGACGUGACGUCCACCAUCCUGCAAACCAUCAUGGAGAAGAGCGAACAGGAGCUGAAGGACACGUACUCCCGCUGGCUGCCCCUCGGCCUCGGCCUUAACCACCUGGGUAAGGGAGAAGCCAUCGAGACCACUCUGGCUGCACUGCAGGUGGUGGCUGAGCCUUUCCGCAGCUUUGCCAACACACUGGUGGACAUCUGUGCUUAUGCAGGCUCUGGGAACGUGCUGAAGGUCCAGCAGCUGCUGCACAUCUGCAGCGAGCACUACGACACUAAGGACAAGGACGAUGACAAGGACAAGAGGGACAAGAAGGACAAGGACAAGAAGGAGAGCGCGCCCGACAUGGGCUCCCACCAGGGAGUGGCGGUCCUGGGGAUUGCCCUCAUCGCCAUGGGAGAAGAGAUUGGUUCUGAGAUGGCACUCAGGACGUUCGGACACCUGCUGCGGUAUGGCGAGCCUGCUCUGCGGCGUGCGGUUCCUCUGGCCCUAGCGCUCAUCUCUGUGUCCAACCCCCGCCUCAACAUCCUGGACACGCUCAGCAAGUUCUCCCACGACGCUGACCCUGAGGUUGCACACAACUCCAUCUUCGCCAUGGGCAUGGUGGGCAGCGGCACCAACAACGCACGCUUAGCCGCUAUGCUGAGGCAGCUGGCACAGUACCACGCCAAAGACCCCAACAACCUCUUCAUGGUCCGCCUUGCACAGGGGCUGACUCACCUUGGAAAAGGCACGUUGACGCUCUGUCCGUAUCAUAGCGACCGGCAGCUCCUGAGUCAGGUGGCCGUGGCCGGCCUGCUCACAGUCCUCGUCUCCUUCCUGGACGUCAAAAACAUAAUCCUAGGGAAGUCUCAUUACGUGCUGUAUGGGCUGGUGGCAGCUAUGCAGCCCAGGAUGCUGGUGACGUUUGACGAGGAGCUACGUCCCCUCCCUGUGUCUGUGCGCGUGGGACAGGCGGUGGAUGUAGUUGGCCAGGCGGGCAAGCCCAAGUCCAUCACGGGUUUCCAGACCCACACCACACCAGUGCUGCUGGCCCACGGGGAGCGCGCAGAGCUGGCCACAGAGGAGUACCUGCCCGUCACCAACAUCCUGGAGGGCUUUGUCAUCCUCCGCAAGAACCCCAACUACGACGCCUAAAGCCCCCCCCCACACACACACACACACACACACUCUCGUUUGGGGACCUCAUAUUCUGUACAUGAUGCCUAGAGCCCCUUUUCCUUCCCCCCCCCUCCUUGUCUUUAUCCAUUUCUGUCCUCAUUUUGUAAGUAGCGCAUGGAUCUACAAAAGAAAUGAAAUCUGACUGCCCAUCCAGUUUAUUAUAUAUUUUUUCUCUUGUGUUGGUUUUGUUACAUUUUACUUUAAAUGGUUGAAAUAAAAAAUGUAAAAUUAA